AUGGCUACUAUCGAUGAUUCCAAGCAUGGCCACCUCGAUGGAGGAGAGUCUGGAAAAGACAAUCCCGACAUCAACAUCGGCGGCCCUCAAGACUCGGACCUGGAUGAUGGCAUCAACUCCUCUGCUCAGGCCGGUGUGCAGAACAUCGAAGCCAUCACGUCCGUCUGGACAAAGCAUGCGCUGUACACCGCCUUUGCCAUGAUCUGGGUUAUUUACUUUGUCGACACUAUGCAGCAAGGUGCAACUGGUACACUCACGCCUUGGGUCACAUCCGCUUUUCAGGAGCACUCUCUUACUCCCACGGUCAAUGUAAUCAGCAGCAUCAUAGGAGGCGUCUGGAAGUUGACUCUUGCCAAGAUUCUGGACAUCUUUGGUCGCCCACAGGGUUACUUGAUCUCCAUCAUGUUCACGACUCUGGGAUUGAUCAUGAUGGCAGCCUGCAAGAAUGUUGAAACCUAUGCCGCUGCGCAGGUGUUUUACUGGGUUGGCUACAAUGGAUUGGAUUACGCGCUAUCCAUUUUCCUCGCUGAUACGACUUCUCUGCGUAAUCGAGGUCUCAUUUUCGCAUACAGCAGCUCGCCUUAUAUCAUCACGACAUGGCUUUCUGGCCCCAUCUCACAAGCUUUCCUUGAGGGCCCCGGUUUCCGCUGGGGCUUUGGGUCUUUUGCCAUCAUCACUCCGGUCAUCACCUCGCCACUUUUCUUCCUCUUCAUGUACUAUAACAAAAAGGCAAAAAAGCUUGGUGUGAUUCGUCCGCGAGAGAGAGUAGGUAAUUUUUACGAGACUGUGAUCCACUACGGCCGAGAGUUUGAUAUCAUUGGCCUGCUCAUUCUAUCCGGUGGACUGGCCAUGUUCCUUUUGCCUUUCAACAUCUAUUCAUACCAGGAAGAUGGAUGGAAAUCGUCCCUCAUUAUCGGACUUUUGGUCGGAGGAGUGGUUGCACUUAUCGUGUUUGGCAUUUGGGAGAGAUUCUUUGCGCCCAUCACCUUUAUCCCCUACUCGCUUCUCAUGGACCGCACUGUCAUCGGCGCCAAUAUCUUGGCGGCUUCUGUCUUUGUCAGCUACUACAUAUGGGACAGCUACUUCCUCAGCUUCCUCCAGGUGGUAAACGGCCUCGAUGUCACCGAAUCCAGCUAUGUGGCCCAAAUAUAUAGUGUGGGAUCUUGCUUCUGGGCUAUCCUAGUUGGCCUCAUCAUUCGCUAUACCGGAAAGUUCAAGGCUGUCUGUCUCUAUUUUGGAGUCCCCGUCACUAUUCUUGGAGUCGGUUUGAUGAUUCAUUUCCGCCAGCCAGACGUCAACAUCGGCUACAUUAUCAUGUGCCAGAUCUUUAUUGCCUUUGCUGGUGGCACCAUUGUCAUCUGCGAACAAACGGCCGUCAUGGCAGCAACCUCUCAUCAAUAUGUUGCUGUAGUGCUUGCCAUAGAGGCCAUGGCUUCGUCCAUCGGUGGCGCCAUCGGACUGACCGUAUCAGCUGCUGUCUGGCAGGCCGUCUUCCCCAAGAAGCUCGCUGCAUAUCUCCCAGAGUCCGAGCUAGGAAAUCUCACAACCAUCUACGGCAGCUUGGAGGCCCAGUUGUCUUAUCCGAUGGGAUCUCCCGCUCGUAUCGCUAUCCAAAAGGCCUAUGGCGAUAGUCAGAAGAUGAUGCUGAUUGCGGCUACUGCCGUCUUGUCGUUGGCAGUGGUUGGUACAAUGAUGUGGCGGGAUAUUGAUGUGAGAAAGCACAAGCAGGUCAAGGGAACUGUCUUUUAA